AUGAAUGUGAAGAAAGUAAGAUCCUCGCUUGAUUCUCUGAUAUCUUCCUUUAAUAUGCGAAUCACAGAGUUACAGGAACUCGUAAUCGCCCAAGUAAAAGCGAUGGAGCUGCAAAUACAAGCGCUCAAGGACCGAUUGAAUAAUGAGACCAAUGCUAUUCCUAAAGCUAAAAGACUUAUAGAUGCAUCACUACGGCAGCAGAAGAUACUGAAGAACAUGUUUGUCCAUGUUUCCUCAUAUUUGCCUCAGAGAAUGACCAUGUUGGAUUUGGAUACUACUAGAUGUUUGCUUCCAGAAGACCCUAAACUACUUAAUGGUGGGUCACUAAAACCAGACGAUCCAACAGUAAUACCCAAGGAGGAAAAGAGUCGUGGCUCUCCACUAUUAUGGUACAUAACUUCCAAUGAACUAGAUUCUCUAUCCUCAUAUAUGAGAGGAAGGCUCACACUUGAGAAAGUUAAUGCAACAAUCAAUGACAUGGCAACAUAUGCAGAAGAAAAUGCCCAACUUAUUUUAGCCACAAAGAAGAAGCUAGAGGAGAACCUCUGGGAAAGAGCCCUAGAGUUGAGAGAUAUUACAACAACAGAACUAGUUAAAAGGAAACAUUUCUUCCUUGAAACUGACAUGAAAGGACUAGCAUUGAAGUUUGACAACACUGAAAAAGCAAUACUCACUGUCCUUCGUCACCUAGAUGCCAAAGAGGAGAAUUUGAAAGUUGUGAAAAGAAAGUUUUGCUUGUUUGCAGCAAUAAAGGUAGCAAACGGGGGAAAUACUCAGUACGGGAUGGAGAAGCUUGUAGGCAAUAAUAACUACAAGUACUGGAGAAUGUGUAUGGAGGCGUAUCUUCAAGAGAUAGAUACAGAUGACAAGAUUAGUGAAGCGUGUCUACGUCGGUAUCUUGUCGGUGGAUUGAGAAAGGAGUAUAGACCUUUCGUCAUCUCUCUUCAAGGGUGGUCACAACGGCCUUCUGUAGAGGAGUUAGAGAACUUGCUCUCUAAUCAAGAAGCUUUGGCUAAACAAAUGGCAAAAAAAUUUGAAUCUGAUGCUGUUCUCUUCUCAAAGGGGAAGCCAAACAAUAAGAAUACAUCAGCCUAG